AUGUCAAGCUCCCUUGCUGAUGGGACCUGCGUUCCUUGCAAAAAAGGUGCGCCCUCUCUGGCCCAAGAAGAUGUCGAGAGCAAAUUGCAACAGCUCAACAACGCAUCUCGUGCGUUCGCAUGGGAUGCAUCGCCGCUUAGUCAGUCUCCAUCUCAAAUCGCCUUGCAAAGGACGUUCAAGUUCCGGAAUUUCAAGACCGCUCUCGCCUUCACAAAUUCGGUCGGUGCCAUUGCUGAGGAACAAAAGCAUCAUCCCCUGCUCGUGCUCGAAUGGGGUAGCGUUCACGUUGCUUGGUGGACGCAUGCGACAGGCGGUCUCCACGACAACGACUUCAUAUGCGCAGCCAAGACAUCGCAAAUCGCUGAUGAUGCUGAGGGAAUCAAGAAGUGA